UCCCUCACGUUGAUCAGCUGCGGCGUGUGACGUAGAGCAGAGGACGCAGUUUGUUUAGCGGCCACGCUGUCGUUCGCUAACCACGUUUUUUUGUAAACACGUGCUGAUAUCGCCACUAUUCGCCUUUUUUUAAAGCGACAUUUUCAACAUGUUACGAUUUUAGAUCGACGUCCUUACUGGAUUGAGUCGUGGCCGCCAUUAGAGCGCACGUGGACACCUGGUCUCACGAGGACAUGCCCGGACUUGUUUGAUAUUUCCGGGCCGUAGAAAGAGACCGUCAUGGACAGUAAAUUUCCCGGCCAGCUCUUCCCACACUUUUAUUUGGACGGUCCGCCCGAAGUAAAGACGACGCAUGGUUAUGGAGGCUGGGGUUCGUACGAGCGCGUGCUGACGGUCGGUGCCGGGCCGGUAAGACGAGACACAUCCUGAUGAUAAUGACAGAUCAGUCCUGAUGGGGAAAACAAGGCUUUGUGGCGCACGGGACACAAUGCAAAUGGGUUUAGCGCAAACAUCGACAUCUGAACCGUGAUGGCGGGCAGUCGUCGCUCCAGCAUGAGUUUGAAGCCCAGCACUCUCCGAGUGGAGAGGAAUGGGUGCCGCUCAAAGCAGCCGUUACCCCUUUAAUUCCACCUUGUGAAGAUGCCAAAGUUUUUUCCAGUUAUCUUCCGCAUCCAAUGGAUUUUCCAGAGCAUAUGCAGUAUUUUUACCAGCAUCAUUGUAUGGAUGCGUUCUCCUCAAUGGGACAUUUGCUUCAGGACAGCCUAUCUUUCAAAAAGAAUCGGCCGAAGGAUGCUGUGUCAGCGCGCUGGGCCAUGAGGUUCAUAAAAGGAUUAAAUCAUAAAAGGUGUGAGAUGGCGUCUUACUCCAGGAAGAUUCAUCGUUUGCAUCAUCUGUUGAGCGAUAUCGUGAGCGACGUUCCUCCGUCUGUCCUGGCCCCGCUCCUCCACGAGGAGCUGACGUUUCAGAGGGAAGAGAGGAAGUUCUGUGCAGACUCCACAGGGGGCGCUCUGGGAUACGUGCCUUUACACGAGUCCCGGGGCUACAGCGAUGGCUGUCUGAUCUAUCCCAGCGGAGAAGCAAUGGACAAACUCAACAUCCUCAGGGUGGCGCAGCAGUUCAGGGAUGACAAGCCUCCUAGUUUUGUCAUGGACUCCAAGCCUUUUGUCUAUUAUUUGAAUGGAACGAUCAGACAGAUCAGUUUGGGCAGUAUGGAGGAUGUAGGUAACAUGGCUGUGCGGUCAGAUUUCUUCUGUGGCGUCUGGCUGCUAGGAGACGAAAUAAAGCCGCUGUUACUGGACGUCAUCAAAACAAAAGAUCGCUUCUCCUGCAUCACCGUCAGUCCACACUUCCCCAGUGAGCUCGCGGUGGUCAAUGAGCGGGGGGCAGCUUAUCUUUGGACGGUGAAAAAAGGAUUGCAGAAGUUCCGUGAAGAAGAUUCCAACCUGUACUUCAAUGCUAAGUCUCCAUGGCGAUGGUGUGAGUUCUCCUCUCACCCGAGAGUGAUGGUGUACGCCGAUAGAACAGGGGCGGAGCUUACAGACAUUCGGAGCGCUGAUAGCAAUCACACGUUGUUCCGGAUCGGAAGGACUCCAGCUUGUAUGUCGGGAGAGCGGGUGAUAUUCACCAAAUACCUAAGUAAAUGCCACGCCCAUCACCACCUCAUUAAUACCCAGUUCUCCACCUACAUCAUGGACGAGCGGGUUCCCACUAUCCCCAUGCUGAAAUGGGACCAUAUGAUGGAGUCUCCACCGACGUUUUCCUGUGAUUUGCCAGCGCAGAGCUCGAGCCAGACGUGUAAACUGCUGCUGGGCGCUCAGAACUCACAGGAACUCAUGUUACUGCAGUACACGGGUGGGAGAGAGCAAGUCUGUCAGACUCGGGGUUCCAUUCAAAAGCUGUUGAGCCCCAAUGAGAGUCUGAGCCACCUAAACCACCUGCUACCCCACAAGAGAUACCACGCUCAGAAGAGACUGAAUGUGCCCGCUGCAGGUUUCACAGCUGUUCAGAAGAAGGACUACCUGUCUGUUUUCCAGCUCACAGAAACCGGGGACAUCUUUUACCAAACGCUGAAGCUGCACACAGAUCAGACCGCAAGCAUCAACGACGCGCCAGAACAAUCUGUCUGUGUGCAACCUACAGUAGAAACCGGAGAGGGCGAGAGCAUGCAGCCCCACGCCAACAAUGAAAACCAAUCUGUUCAGAGCGACUCUGAGACCGAGGUGUGGCGAGCUGCGCUUCGUCAUUUGGAAGUAAUCGACAAUGUUGAUAAUGAUAUUUUAAAUGCUUCAGAUACAAAUGAAAAUAUCAGGAAAGAAGAACCAAGUCGAUCUAUUGGGAUUAACCCAACUCGUUCCACCAGACCGCCUGACCCAAGCAAGGAUCCAGAUCUCCAAGAUGCCUGGAACAAAUGGUUUGAGCCCAUUUUUAAAAAGGUCAAAAAGCGACGCCCUGCUUUUCAGCGGAUCAGAACGGACAAUUUAAAUAGCAUGGUAGGCAAAUAUCCAAAUAAACCAAAGGAAGAACGAUUCAAGACACUGAGGAAAGACCUUCAAGAGGUCAUGAAGAAGAAGGAGAUGGUCUUGCAUGGGAAUACUUACCUGCGUCACCUGAACAUUGAGCCGGUUCCUGAUCCUGUAGAUCCCGACGACUGGCCUGACGACUUGAGCCAGCGGUUGGUUGCGGCGUGGGAGGGUCAGUGGACGGACUGGUGGGAGGAGAAGCUGGGUUUGAAUCGGGACAAGAAAGUCGCGGCCCUCCGUCGAAAGCGUCGGAGAGAGAAACAAGCCAAAGCUCGCAGUCGCAUCUCGCUUUCUGGAAGCUUCACCUCGUCUGCGAGCUACCAGGAGAGUAUCUCGGGUUUCUCAUCGGGCAGUCAGGGUCUUACUUCGGGAGACGAGGCUUUGGAGGACUCGACUUCGCAAGGUGCGGACAUGGAUGAAUGGAGGGCCAGAACUGAGAUCCACAAAAAGAGCCCCACCAUACUGAGGCGGUUUAUAAAUGAACAGUCGACUGCAGAGAAAUCGCUCGGAUCUUUUGGAAGAACUCCUCCGAGGCCUGAUCAAGACCUUUUGACAUCUCAGUCAAAGUCUUCCGUUGAGGUUGAAUGGCCGACCUCUAGAAGUCCUAGUGUUGCAGCGGAGAUGGAUUGGGGUCUUAUUACGACGUUUCCCUCCAAACAGCCAGCUGUCCAAUUAAAACGGCUCAAGACGUUUAACACUAGUUCCCUUCCAAUGUCCCAAAUGUCGACUCAGGACUCCACAACGGAUGGUGGACAUUCUUCAUCUCGGAUUCAACAUUCUUCUCAGACUCCAUCUCGUCCCUCCUUGUCUUCCCAGAGAGUUUCCCAAUUGAGAAGCCUCUCUCAGGCCUCCCAGCCAAAGAAGAAGUCUCGCAUGGGCUUCUAAAGAUCCGCCUCCGAACGAGGAAUGCAGCAAGGUGAGCUGUGUUUACCUCUCGCUCUCGUCCCAAGCGCCCUCGGGGAUGGUUGGCAGCUCGGGGACGCUGCGGUAGCUGCUGUGCAGGUUCUGUGCCGUCCUCCGCGAGACGAUCCACACCAGUUUCUUGUGGUCAGGUUUGGCACAUUCUGGGGAGGAGUAUUCCCUCAUACACUGACCUACCAGACCUCGCCAGUGCGCCAGGUCAGCUUUGGAGAUCUGCAAACAGACACGGCUGCAUUAGACACCAGCUUACAUAAGGACAGGGCAGAGAGCCAGCUUCAUUUCGGACAGGAGUAAACCAAUAGCCUGCUGGCAACAGGACUGGGUUAAGAGCUUUGGAUUCUUCCUACUCCACAGACGUUUAAGUGCUGAUGAAACUAAAAGUAUACUCCUGCGUACAAGUUUUCUAAUUAAACUACUUGACUACUUUGAACCAAA